AUGGGUAUUUUGGAAAUCUCUUCAUCCGAAGACGAUAAUCCGAAUGACAUGAGUUUACGAGAAGGAACCGAUAUUAUUGUGCCUAGUGUUGGAAUGAAUCGGGAGGGCCGUCAUUCAAUCCUGAAGCCUCAACCAACAAUACAAUCAGGCUGUAAAACAAGAUUGACAGCAUGUUCAGAUCUUAGUAGCGCAUGGCGUAUUAACACUGUUCAACUGGAGUAUAAUCACAAAACAAGCCCGUCGAAAUCAAGGCUAUAUCGCGGCAAUCGAGAAAUCAGUGCACGUGUGAGAAGACAGCUUGAAAUAAAUGACGUAGCUGGUAUACCAUUACAUAAGAGUUUUAACUCAACCGUGGUUGAAGCCGGUGGUUAUGAAAAUAUUACGUGCAUUGAGAAAGAUUGUAGAAAUUUCAUUGAUAAAGUCCAACGGUUAAGACUGGGUGAAGGAGAUGCUCUUGCAAUACAAGCUUAUUUUACGAAGAUGCAAGCAUGCAGUCCUGGUUUCUUCUUUAGCAUAGACUUAGAUGAUGAGGCCCGACUGCGGAACGUGUUCUGGGCAGAUAACAGGUGUAGGCAAGCGUGCAAGAAAUUCGGUGAUAUAGUUACAUUUGACACCACGUAUUUGACUAACAAGUACGAGAUGUCUUUCGCUCCUUUUGUUGGGGUAAGCCAUCGUGGACAAUCAACUCUACUUGGAUGUGGCUUGCUCUCAAAUGAAGACACAAGGACCUUUGUAUGGGUAUUUGAAACUUGGCUUGAAUGUAUGCGCGCUCAAGCUUCAUGUGGGAUAAUUACAGAUCAAGACCGUACUAUGCAAAAUGCAAUUGAAAUCGUGUUUCCAAACACAAAGCAUAGAUGGUGUCUGUGGCAUAUUCUGAAAAAGUUACCAGAAAAAUUUGGGGGCCAUAGACAUAAAGCUUCCAUUAUUGCUACUAUUCAUGCGUUGGUAUAUGAUAUGCAAAGUUGCGAGGAAUUUGAACAAGGAUGGAAUAAGAUGCUCGUUGAUUAUGACUUGCUAGAACAUGCUUGGUUGACCAGCCUGUACAAUGAAAGAGGUCGAUGGGUACCAUGCUUUUUGAAAACCUCAUUUUGGGCCGGUAUGUCAACCACGCAACGGAGUGAAGGUAUUAAUGCAUUUUUUGACGGCUAUGUUCAUUCGAAAACAUCUCUCAUAGACAUAAAGCUUCCAUUAUUGCUACUAUUCAUGCGUUGCAAGUCUGUAGAGCAGUAUGAGCGUGCCUUGAGAAGUAAAGUUGAAAAGGAGUUCCAAGCGGACUUCAAAUCAUUUUCACAAAUGGCCCCAUAUGUGACAAGGUACGAAAUGGAAAGGCAAUUCCAAUUAGUUUACACAAUCGCGAAGUUCAAGGAGUUUAAAGAACAAUUUACUGGAAAGGUGUAUUGUGAAGUCUUAGGACUUCAUGAGACGUAUUUACAUACUACGUACGAUGUACGUGAGGACAUUAGUAUGAACAACUGUAUGAAGACAAAAAUCUUUAAAGUGUGCUUUCGUAGAGAUGAAUGCAAGUUUGAAUGUAGUUGUCACCUGUUCGAGUUCAGAGUAAUUAUUUGCAAGCACGCGAUAACGAUUUUGAUUCGAAACCAAGUGCACUUAGUUCCUGAGAAGUACAUUUUGAGAAGAUGGAGAAGGGAUGUGAACAGAUUGUUUAUGAGGGUUCCGAUUACUUAUGAUGGUUGGAUUAGUACUCCAAACCAAAUUAGAUAUAAGCAAAUAUGCAAUGCAUUUAUGAAGUUAGCGGACUUCGUAGCACACGAUGAGUUACGGUCACGUGGCAUCAUGGACUGGAUUGAAAUCCAAACAAAUGAUUCUUCAAUGUUGAAGUAUAGUAGCGUGGGCUCUCAACGCUUGGAUGAAGCCGGAAAGUGUGCUAGCGGAAUCAUCUUCGACCCUAAAUACACAAAAAGCAAGGGAGCUCCUAAAAAACUUCGCCGAAAGGGAUGUCUAGAAGCUGGUUCUAGAAAAUCAAAUAUCAGUCGAAAGAUGGCAAACUCAGCUACAUGGAACAGGGAAAAAGACAAAGUUUCAUCCUCAUUAAAUGUUCAGCAGCAAUAUCGCGAGUGUGAUUUCAAGAAGUACUCAGAACUUAUAUCUUGCCUGUUUGUUGCUGAACAGAAUAAUGAACUGCUGAUAAAAAAUCAUGGGUUACGUCCAACUGGUUCUAUACUAUUGCCUGAAGCAAAUGGUACUGUAUUGCUUGAAGCAAAUGCAAUAUCAAGACAAGGACACGGACACGGACGUGGACAUGGAUUUGGAUGUGGACGCGGACGUGCACGCGGAGUAAACCAUGGACAAAAUAAUCGACAAAGUUAUCAACAAUAA